AUGUCCAUCAUAUCGUCCACUUUCCUUCUUCUCCUCCUACAGCUAAGUGUACAACACAAUGUGAGGGCUUGGUCCCUCUGGGGGGAUUCUGGAAAGGGAACGAUAAGACAGCUUAGUGAGUCAGACCUGGAUAAUGAUAUCCCUAAGAGUGGAUUAUCAUUGGUUAUGUUUUAUGCACCUGGUUGCCCAUAUUGUCGAAGUUUCAAACCUUUUUUCGAUAAUGCUGUCGAGAAGCUUGCCAUGCAUGAUCCCCCGAUGAGGUUUGGUAUGAUCGAUGGUAUACAAUACCCUAAUGCUAUCUUAAGGCACCAGAUACCGUACUAUCCAACAGUGAAGUUAUUCAUCGAUAGUCAAGAGCAUCAACUACCUCUCACCGAGAUGGAUGUUGCUGAUCCUAAAUGCGCUGCGAAAGUCGUUAAUUGGGUUAAUCGUUUUAUUCAUAAGGAUCAUGUGAUGGAGUCCGUAGGAGACUUUGAGAAGUUUGCCGAGAAUAAUCCUCUCCUUGCUAUUGGCCUCUUUAAUGAUGAACGAGAUGGGGAAUUUUUCAAACACUGUACACGGCACUUUGAUGAUGUGUUCUUCGCUAUAGCAUAUGGUCAGGUAGCUGAGGACAUCGUGGAUCAUCUAUACAACAGACGGUAA